AUGGCGGGAACGGUAUUAGCAUCAUGUGGCCCGAUGAGUGUGUCAUUUUUCACCGUGGUUGUGUUUUUUGGUUCAUUCUACCUCAUAAACUUAAUGCUCGCCGUCGUCGCGCUGAGUUACGAAGAGGAAGCGGAAAUUACGCAAGAGGAACGUAAAAAAGAUCUUACAGAGCACAGAGAUGAUUCGACAUUUAGCUUCGAUCCUUCAUGUCUAGAUGUACGAAAAUUAGACAAAAAUUCUCAAAAAAGAAUAGAUGCCAGAAAAGGUGUACUUCUAGCUUCAUAUUCCAGGAAAAAAAUGAGGCGGAAGAAAAGAGGAAGACAUGAAGGAAAUGGCGGAAAUGGUAACGGUAUGAGAUCGGCGACACCAUCACCUUCGCCAUCUCCUCGUCGAGACGCCGUAGUAGCCGAAUCACAGGGACCACAAGAGAGAUCUGCUGAUACGCUGCAUCCGUGUAAUGCAUUAGGUCCUCAAUACCGUGGUCAAUUAGGACCCCAUAGCCGUCAAGCGAGUAGUAACAAUAGUGCUGGCAAUAAUCGCGAAUCUUCUUUAGAUGACAGUGGUGUAGAUGACCAUUGCGAUGAAGACGCUACUAGUGAAGACUUAGCGCCUGCUCAUUUACAAAAAGAAGUAACGCCAGUUACUGUGGCGUUAACACAGAAAAGACGGCCGAAUCGUGCGUUGCAACGGCGUCAACGCGAACAGAAAUUAAGGAAACAGCAAAUGUACAGCUUGCCGCCCGAAUAUAUGUCGCAAGUUGUAGUUAUAGAUGAUAUACCAGAUCGAAACUGUGCAAGAUGCGUUCAUUGUUGCAUAGAUUAUGCAGGAUGGUUACAAUUUCAACAAUGUCUCUAUAAUAUAGUAAGAGAUCCAUUAUUUGAAUUAGCUAUAACGAUAUGCAUUGUUCUCAACACCAUGUUUUUGGCCGUCGAACAUCAUGGAAUGAGCAAAAGCGUCGAACGAGCUUUAGAUAUUGGCAAUAAGGUUUUUACUUCCAUCUUCACUUUUGAGUGCUUCCUGAAAAUCCUAGCGUUAAGCAAGGAUUUUUUUCUGUGCGGGUGGAAUAUUUUUGAUCUUAUAGUCGUAUCCGGUAGUUUACUCGAUUUGAUAUUUGAACUUGUGGAUGGUCUAUCAGUAUUAAGAGGACUUAGACUAUUGCGAGUGUUAAAAUUAGCUCAGUCAUGGACGACAAUGAAAGUUUUGCUCAGUAUUAUAAUUUCAACAAUAGGAGCAUUGGGAAAUCUGAUUGUGUUAGUGAUAGUUAUUUAUAUUUUUGCUGUGAUUGGUAUGCAAUUAUUCUCAAAAGACUACACACCGGACAAGUUUUUUCCGGAUCCUGUUCCCAGGUGGAAUUUCAACGACUUCUUCCAUUCAUUCAUGAUGAUCUUCCGUAUUCUCUGCGGCGAGUGGAUAGAGCCGCUAUGGGACUGCAUGAGAGCUGAGGAGAAAGUAGGGGCUGGAUCUUGCUUUGCAAUUUUUCUACCAGCUCUCGUCAUGGGCAAUUUUAUGGUACUCAACUUGUUCUUGGCGUUGUUGCUCAACAGUUUCAACAGUGAGGAAUUGAAAAAUAAGAAGGAGGAAGUCGGUGAAGAUUCCAAAUUAGCUCGCAGUUUCGAACGAAUACGAUCCAUAGUACGCAAAAAACGAAGCAAAGAACGUUCAGAAAAUGAAAAAAAUACACAACUUGAACAAAUAGUAUUAGAUCAAGUCGUAGUCAGAAGAAGAAGAAGACGAGAUAACGUUGGAGAUGCUAGAAAAAUUGAUCCAGAAACAAGAUAUUCUAUAAUUUCUACCGGAAUACCGCACGAUCACAUUUAUAGUCACAGUUAUCACGAAGCCUUGAAAAGACCUGUAUCUGGUUCAGAUUUUCGUCAUAAAUUUGACCAGCAGGAACAGCAAGGUGAGAAAGCUCCAAAUCAACAACAACAACAAAAUGGAGACAAAAAUGCCGGAGCAGAUGUUCAUAGUAGUCAGGAAACUAUAAAGCAACUUGAAGAACCAGGAAUUUUACCAGAGGAUGAACACACGUCAGAAAAGCAAAGAUUGGUGCAAAAAUUGUCUUUUAGGUUGACGUCCGAGUAUGGCACACAGCAGAGCGAAAGUAAAGAUGAAAAUACUGAGUCAAUAGAAAUGCAACCUCUAAAUCCAACACCACAGCUUAAACCUCAAAUCGUACCAAAAUCCCGUACCUCAUCUGCCACAAAUACACCAACCCCUUCCAAAAAGCCCGUAGAAGCAGUAGCCUCGGACAAAGGCAAUGGCAAGAGACCAUGGUUGGCUUUGGUUUCUUACGUUGAUGAUCUGACUGUUGGAGGUCGCAGAGACUCUCAGGGUCAAUAUGCCGAUGGCAUGGGAGGUUUUCCUAGAUUUGGGAGAAAUAAACAAGCAAAAGUUCCCCAAGAUUGCUUUCCACAACACUGCUACCAGCGUUGUUCCUGUUGGGAAGCUUGUGCUGCCACCGAGACUGGACAGAAGUGGAACAGAAUCCGGGCGUCAAUUCUUUCAGUUGUUGAUACUCCUGCAUUUGAAUGGUUCAUAUUAGUGUUGAUUUUUGCAUCAAGCAUCACAUUGUGUUUUGAAGAUAUUUAUUUAGAAGGGAACAAACCGUUGAUCGAAAUAUUAUAUUGGACUAAUUUAGCGUUCUGUUUAAUUUUUACUAUUGAAAUGGUACUGAAGUGGAUGGCGUUUGGUUUUCAGAAGUAUUUCACGAGUUUUUGGACUAUUUUGGAUUUUAUAAUUGUUUUUGUAUCAGUCUUUAGUUUACUAAUAGAAGAAAAUGAAAACUUAAAAGUGCUUAGAUCUCUUCGUACUUUAAGAGCCCUGCGUCCACUUCGAGCAAUUUCCCGCUGGCAGGGAAUGCGAAUUGUAGUAAAUGCUUUGAUGUAUGCCAUACCCAGCAUUUUCAAUGUACUACUUGUGUGUUUAGUCUUUUGGUUAAUAUUUUCCAUUAUGGGUGUGCAAUUUUUUGGAGGAAAAUUUUUUAAGUGCCUGGAUGACGAUAUGGAAAUAUUACCUGUAUCGAUUGUAAAUGAUAAGUGGGAAUGCGAGGAGAAAAAUUUUACGUGGAAGAAUUCAAAAAUAACUUUUGAUCACGUUGGGGCUGGAUAUCUAGCAUUAUUUCAAGUGGCAACUUUUGAAGGAUGGAUGGAAGUUAUGGCAGAUGCAGUGGAUGCACGUGGAGUAGAUUUACAACCUGAUCGAGAGGCUAAUCUUUAUGCUUAUCUUUAUUUUGUUAUUUUUAUUGUGUGCGGUUCGUUCUUCACUCUUAACCUAUUUAUUGGAGUAAUUAUAGAUAAUUUCAAUAUGUUAAAGAAAAGGUAUGAAGGAGGUGUUCUGGAAAUGUUUCUCACAGAAAGUCAAAAACAUUAUUACACAGCGAUGAAAAAGCUCGGUCGGAAGAAACCGCAAAAAGUGAUCAAGAGACCCAUUAAUCAAUUUCUAGCAUUUUUCUACGAUAUCAGCAACUCCAGAAGAUUCGAAAUUCUCAUAUUCAUAUUAAUAUUUCUAAAUAUGCUCACAAUGGGUAUUGAACAUUAUGGUCAACCAGAUAUCGUGUAUACAAUUUUGGAUGUCAGCAACGCUUUUUUCACUACAGUCUUCAGUUUAGAAGCGAUAGUGAAGAUGAUAGGUUUACGUUGGCAUUACUUCACAGUUCCUUGGAAUUUGUUUGACUUUUUAUUAGUUUUAGCAAGUAUACUUGGUAUUUUAAUGGAAGACAUCAUGAUUGAUUUACCAGUUAGUCCUACACUUUUACGAGUUGUACGAGUCUUCAGGAUUGGAAGAAUUCUUCGAUUGAUAAAGGCUGCGAAAGGCAUAAGAAAAUUACUCUUUGCCCUUGUAGUAUCUUUGCCAGCACUGUUCAACAUUGGCGCUUUGUUGGCUUUAAUAACUUUUAUUUAUGCCAUAAUAGGCAUGUCUUUAUUUGGCCAUGUGCGGACUCAAGGCGCCCUCGAUGACAUGGUGAACUUCCAAACAUUUGGACGUAGUAUGCAACUGUUAUUUCGUUUAAUGACUUCGGCAGGUUGGAACGAUGUUCUAGAAUCUUUAAUGAUCCAACCGCCGAUAUGCGAUCCAUAUUAUAAUGGUUUGUCAAAUGGUGAUUGUGGCUAUCCAUUGCUGGCCAUCACAUAUUUUACGAGUUUUAUUAUCAUUAGUUAUAUGAUAGUGAUAAACAUGUAUAUAGCUAUUAUUCUAGAGAAUUUCAAUCAAGCACAUCAAGAGGAAGAGAUCGGAAUUGUUGAAGACGAUUUGGAAAUGUUCUACAUUAGAUGGUCUAAAUACGACCCUCAUGCAACACAGUUUAUAGGUUUCAAUCAGUUAUCAGAUUUCAUAGCAUCAUUAGAUCCUCCUUUGGGUAUCAGCAAGCCUAAUACAGUUGCUUUGGUCAGUUUCAACUUACCUAUAGCCAAGGGCGACAAAAUUCAUUGUCUGGAUAUCUUGCAUGCUUUGGUAAAACACGUCCUAGGUCAUGUUGAAGAAACCGACGAUUUCAGACAAUUACAAGACCAAAUGGACGUAAAAUUCAAAAAACAAUUCCCUACUAGGAAAGAACUAGAAAUCGUAUCAUCCACCAGACUUUGGAAACGAGAAGAUAAGGCAGCAAGGUUGAUUCAGAAGACUUUUAGAGAGUACGUGAAAUGGAAACAAGAACGAGAUCGUGAUAACACGGAAUGCGAUGAUGAAGUAACUCAGACGUCCAGUCCUGGUGGCUGGCAAGGCCGUCUCAGCGCCUUCCUGCACGUUCAUCGCGGAUCCAGGGCGAGUUCGCGAAAAAGCUCACGGGCUAGCGAUGCCAGCGAUCUUAGCGAAUUAGGAGGGGCUUGGUUAAAUCUGCCAUUGAUGUUACUGAGUGGAGCAGUGCAAGCCGAAGAUGAUGGCAGUGGCCCAUCUAAAGAUGUCAGUAUCAUGGUGAGCGAACCUUCACCCGAUGCAUCUUCGCCGCCACUUGGAUCAUCUUUGCAGGCGAAAGAUAAAACUUCGGGUCGACGAAGAAGCUUUUAUAACUUUCCAUUUUUAUUAAAACAUCAAGAUGCCGUUGAGCAUGAAGAUGAAAAUUCACCAACCAGAAUAAGGUCUAAAUCAAAGUCACCCGAAAAAACUGUCUCCGCAUCAACUGAGAUUCUCCCCAUCGUGAGACGCACGGCCGGCAUAUUAGCGCCCGUAAAUGUCGAUCAGCACGUCAAGAGGGGAAGUCUGAUCCGCAGACGCCCGUUGGAGCGCGGCCUAUCUGGCCAACUGCGGCCGAGCGGCAGCUGCCUUCCCGUCUUCCCACUGUCUCAUACGGAACCCGUGGCUAGAACUCCGGACGUUAGUAUUUUAAUUACAGAACCAUCUCCUGAUACUGCAGUACCUCUUAGUACCAUAAACACGCCACAGGAUUCUGACCGAUCUUUGACGGACGAUGUUGUUCCUCCGCCUACGACUGUGGUUCAUGCAUUAGUUCACAGAGAAAGCGAGGAAUAUAGAUCACAAGAGGAUUUGAGAGAUCUAGAGAGGGAAAUUGAUAGUUGA